CAAGGCGGCGGCAGUGGUGGUAGCCGUUGCAGCGUUGGCGGCGGCAGCGGCGGCGGCGGAGCCGAGAUACGUUACAAAGCGGCGAAACGGCGACGGUGCUGAGUUUGUGAAUCGUUCUUUCCACAAGGAGUUUUUAGGACCUGGUUUAGUAUCUAUCAUCAUUGGUAUCACCAUCACCAUCAUCAUCAUCGUUAAUAUCAACAACGUUAUCACACCUGUUGUCGGGUGUUUUAGUCUAUAUUAUUUUCGCCUUAAACCUGGACAGACAUCCGACCGAAAAUGUCCCGCUCGCAAUAUAAUACUCUACUACCUGGCCAUUUUGAUGCCAACAUGGAAGAUUUUGAAGAGGGUGGAAUUGUGCAGAAAUUUACCAGCUUAGCUGGAUUCAGAAGUUUGGACUACACAACAGUGGACAACAAGCGCUGCUCAACAAUGCCGUCACAGGGAUCGCUUUUCAACAAUUUUGAGGAUGUUCAGGGCAUCGGCAAGAUAUCACAAUCAUUUUACCAGAAAAUAAGGGAUACCUCACAGCUGACAGAUGAAGAACGCGUCUUUUUGAAUGCAGCUACGCUGGGAGAUGUAGGAGUUGUACGCCAGUCAAUCGAGGAGAACGAAAUGCUAUUUAAUGUCAACUGCGUUGACUAUAUGGGCCGCAGUGCACUACACCUGGCUAUUGACAGUGAAAAGUUGGAUGUUAUUGAGAUCCUCUUGGACAAUGUUAACUUCAAUUGCAUUGAAGAAUCUCUAUUGCAUGCUAUCAGCAAAGGAGGAACGAAAAUCGUCAAGAUCAUUAUAGAACAUCCGACUUUCAUGGCUGGGGAAAACAAGCUGCGUAAGAUGGACGGCGGUGAGGCCUUUUUCAGAACAGAGGAAAAAAGCCAAUUCCCGCCGGACAUAACUCCUCUCAUCUUGGCAGCGCACUACAAUAAUCAUGAGAUUAUACAGAUGUUUUUGUCACGUAACCACACCAUCGAAAAACCUCAUCCGAUUUCUUGUAAAUGUACGGGAUGUGUGACAAAACAGAACUAUGAUUCUCUCAAAAGAUCGCGAUCACGUCUGAACGCUUACAGGUCCCUUGCCAGUCCUGCUUAUAUGGCGCUUUCCAGUCCAGACCCGAUUAUGACAACAUUUGAACUUCGACAGGAAAUGCAGAAAUUAGCUGAAGUCGAAAAAGAAUUCAAGAACGAAUAUUUGGGUCUUGUAGAACAAUGCAUGGAUUUCGCUUGUGAACUGAUGGAUCUAUGUCGAGGUACCCAAGAAGUUGAAGCUGUUCUCAGUGGUGGCUGGGGGGAUAUUAGUAUCAGAGAUCCCCUGGCUCGUUUGAAAAUGGCGCUAAGAUAUGAGGAAAAAAAGUUUGUGGCCCAUCCAAACUGCCAGCAACACAUGACAAGUAUAUGGUAUGGUUCGGAAAUGGGGUUCCUCCAGUCUCUGAAUUGGUGGCGGAAACUUUCUUUUGGUGUUAUCUAUAUUCCUUUUGUACCAUUCUUCUGUGCAGCUUAUAUCAUUGCCCCAAAUAGCAAGGCGAGUGCGGUGAUGCGAUGUCCGGUGAUCAAAUUUGUCACACACACAGCGUCUCAUAUAUGCUUUUUGAUAUUACUGGCAGCUGCAACAUUUCGUCUCACAGAAAAUUCCGUACACAUCAGCUCCACAGAGGAAUUAACCUCCCCUCAACAUAAUCACUUGCACCAUCACGAACGAGCCCAUAGCCUCUUAAAAGAGACUCUUCGACCUGCAAACACACUACUUACUCAUGUACAAAUAUGUAUUGUAUUUUGGAUACUAGGCCUGCUAUGGAUGGAAUGCAAACAAAUCUACAAUACUGGAGCUAGAUCUUAUCUUACAGACUACUACAAUUUUAUGGACUUUGGUGUACUAUCCAUGUACCUGGCUUCUUACUUGCUAAGAUUUAUUACAGAUUUUAGAGUCCAGGAGGCUGACAGAUAUUUUAAUGGAACACAACGAGCACGGAUGUUGUUGAUGGCAGGAAAUUACACUGAUUUUAAUUACUUGUUAGCACAAAUUAAAAGCAAGCAACACGAACCGAAAAACUAUUUUAUGGAAGCGUCUCGGUUCCAUUGGAAACCCAAUGAUCCAGAAAUUGUAUCUGACGUUCUCUUUGCAAUCGCGAAUGUCAUUAGUUUUGCACGAACCACCUACCUCAUGCCAGCCUUUGAGGUUCUCGGACCAUUGCAGAUAUCUUUGGGGAGAAUGGUAGGAGAUAUAACCCGCUUUAUGGUGCUCUUUGCCCUCGUACUGUUCGCCUUUAUGGUAGGCCUACACAAUCUUUAUUGGUAUUAUGGUGCGCAAAAGUUUAAGAUGUCUUUGAACGGACAGUCUGUGUAUGUACAUGCUGCUGGUGCAUUUCAGGGAUUAGGACAUACAUUCUACAGUCUAUUUUGGUCAAUGUUCAGCCAAAUCAACAUCAAUGAGAUCAGUGUCAAAACACCUGAUGUCGAAGGACUUCGUCAGUGCAUCUUAAUUGACAAUGAUCGCAACAAAAUAGUCUGUACUGAAGACGCUACAAACAAAACAACUGCAGGUACAACGAAACCCGUUAUCAUUGUUAACAACAAUGCACGCAUGCGCAUGUAUAGUUACCAAAACAAAUCAGCAGCCAUCUUGUCUUCCAGAUCUUAUAAAUUUCAUUCAGGAGACUGUGACGUGGAAUGGAAAUUUGCCCGAACAAAACUGUGGAUGAACUAUAUGGAUGAUGGGAGUACACUACCUGUGCCCUUCAACAUGAUACCUACACCUAAGUCGUUCUUAUAUGCAUGGGCCUUUUGCAAAGAGCUCUUCAACCCACAUUCUGAGGGACUCUUUGAUAUUGAAAGGGCUCGCAAGCAAACUUUUAUAAAGAAAAGAAGAGAUACCGUUUGCAAGAAUCUAGAACUUAAAACGGAAGAAACUUCUUAUACAGACAUAAUGCACCGUUUAGUGAAAAGAUAUCUGUUUAAAUUAGAAAGAGCAAAAGACGAGAAGGAAAAUGUUAAAGAUAUAGCAAAUGUCAGAGGUGAAGAAAUCGAAUUAUUUGAAACCCCACCAGAUGGUCCACCACCUGUGCCAGAAACACCGUCCAGAAUUCCUUAUGCAACACCACCCAUCCCAGAACAUGAAGAUACAGAAACCAAACUGCCAGCGAGAAGCGCUCCACACACGAACAAGAAAACAGGUUCAAGAUCCGUAAACAGACGCACAUCUGUGAGCAACUCAGGGCCGAUUGCUACAACUCUGGCAAUCCCGCAGCUAGAUGCAAUCCAGAGACAGCAGAAACUUCUUGAUGUAAGACUGCAACAUCUCCAGUCGAACACACGUGAGAACAACAAAAUGAUGGACGACGUGGAUUUCAUACGUCGAUUGAUGACCGAAAACCAGAAGGCUUUGUUCAACAUCAUUCAGGCUUUAGCUAAUAUACAGACUGAGAUAGUCAACCUGGCGCAAUGCUUGCGUCCUCCAUCACCGAAAGCACACACAAAACAAGGCAGUACUCAGUCGAGAGGUGGACAAUCCAACUCUACAAAUACUUCGUCAAAUUCAGCUCAACCCAGACGACAAUCGAAGGAGGACGAAAGCAAAGUCUGAAAUUAAAACAUAUUUGCUGUUUGGCGUUUUGGCUUUCUGAAAAAUUUUUCAUCAAUAUAAAACCUAACAAAAAAAGUUUUUUACAUAUAUAUACAUAAAUAUAUAUAUAUAUAUAUCUUUCCUUUUCGAAAUUGGCUCCUAAAAGAAAUUUUGACGUCUUCUGGUGAACGCCGUCUGUUCGAUAUGAAUGAAUGAAUCAACAGUAGUUCCGGGCGAACAACAUACAAACCAAAAAAAACAACAGUAGAUAUGCGAAAAGGUGGCUAAACAGAAGGAAAAUAAAUUAUGUAUCAUUGACUAGAACGCAUAGCUAAUCCGGAUGAAACAGUAUUUAUAUGUGAGAGUAUAUACACAUAUGUGUACAUGCAAAUACAUA